CCAAGAGUCACGCCCCGACAAACGGUGUAGCAAUGAUGUGGCAGGUUCUAACGCUUUCUGUGCUCGCAGCCAUCACCGUCGUGCAGUGCGACCAUCACUUUUGCCCUAGCGGCUACAGCCGCGGUCAAUACCUUGAUGCAUCGACGAAGAAGUAUCUUCUCUGCUGGAAAGUAGAUUGGUCUGACAGGUCGAUCACGUUCUCAGCCAAAGUCGCCACGACAGGAUGGAUAGGGCUCGGUUUCUCACCAACAGGCUUCAUGCCCAACUCCGAUGUGAUCAUCGGAUGGGUGAAAGACGGUCAAGGAUACUUGAAGGAUCGUUUUGCAACUGCGAGGGCACAACCGCCGAUUGACGAAAUCCAAAACGUCAAACUGCUGUCUUUCAGUGAAGCAGACGGAAUGACAACGUUGGAAUUCAAACGAAAUCUCGACGCCUGCGAGCCGAAAGACAGAAGCAUCGAGGAAGGAACAACUCGAGUCAUCUUUUCCUACAACCCCAAUGACCCUGCUUCAGAGACCUCACUAGCCAAGCACACAGUCGCCAUGAGAGUCAGCAUCAAUCUACUAAGUGGAACCGGGAACGUCAAACCUGCGCCUCUGGAGGCUGAUCACAAGACAUUUGACAUUCUAAAUCACAAGGUAUCUGUGCCUGCUAAGCCCACAACUUACUGGUGCACUCCGGUGAAGCUGCCUCAACUGCAGAAUGAAGCUCAUAUAAUAAGGUUUGCACCAGUGGUGCAAGCAGGGCAUGAAGAGCUGGUGCAUCACAUAUUGAUAUACACCUGUCAUGAUUCAGUUGCACCUUACUUAAAUGUGUCAUGGGAUUGUGACAACCCUCCUGCUUCUAUACCCGGCGACGUUCGAGGAUGUCGUGGAACAGCUCAAAUUGCAGCAUGGGCUGUGGGAGGGGCUGGUGCUACUUUCCCACCGCAAGUAGGACUUCCUAUGAGCGGUCAGACUGGGGCCCAAUACGUUAUGAUGGAAACUCAUUACAACAACGAGGGAAGCCACGCAGACUAUGUGGACAGUUCUGGUAUACGAAUCUUCUAUACUCCAACUAAGAGACAGUACGACGGGGCAGUUCUGGAAUUUGGUCAUACUGUCAAUCCAGGGUACCUUCUCUUCCUGCCACCUGGAAGGGACAACAUCAUAACGGAGACUCUUUGUCCUUCAGCUUGCACUCAAGCUGGAUUUCCUUCAGGCGGAGUAAACGUAUUUGGUACAAUGCUGCAUUCACAUACUGUCGGAAGAGGCAUUUGGAUCAAGCAUAGUCGCAAUGGUGUUCAACUUCCCAACAUAGACAGCAACUACAAUUACGACUUUAACUUUCAGGAUAUAGUGUUGCUGCAAAACGAAGUGAAAAUUCUGCCUGGAGAUGACGUUCAGGUGUUCUGCGAUUACGACACCACAGGCAGACCAAAAGUGACUUUUGGUGGAGAAGGUACUCUGGAUGAGAUGUGUCUUGGUUUCCUUUUGGUAUACCCCAGGCCAAGUCUUAUCUACUGCUUGAGCCAACCUCUGAGUCAAACGUUUUUCGAUUAUGUCACAGCAGCUGCACACAAGGGUUAUUACGUAGAACCGGCAAACAUAUCAUCAGAUCCACAAACGGCACUAGGACAGCGCCUUCCGGCCAUCUAUAACAUGGAUUUCAGAAGCGAGGAUGCGUAUACGCUUUGGGACCAACAAUACCGGUCCUCUAAGCAACGAGAGGUCCGUUGUAGAAGUGGAAGUCACCACAACUUGCUAGCGGGACAGACCGAUGAAUAUACCUUGCCUAACAUCACACGGCCUCUCACUGGUGCUCCAACGGGAACACCUAAACCUUGCGAAGAUAUCAUCAAGGCAUCUAAAUCUCCAACCAGCACAGUUAAGGCAUCUGAGUCUCCAACCAGCACAGUUAAGGCAUCUGAGUCUCCAACCAGCUCAGCUCGUGACUUGAUCUGCAACUCAUUCUGGGUUAUUUUCUCAUCUUUCGUGGCAAUAAUGAUGAGAUAAAAGGGAAAGACGAACGGCCAAUACCACUAAGACAGACAACAAACUAUUCUUUACUUUGUUAUAUUCGGCUUGCUAAAUGUACUUUUGCAAUAGUCAGUGGACAUGUCAGCAGCUAAAUGGAAUGUCUGAGAAGUAUAACUAAACAUUGGAUGGCUAGAGUGCCUUUUAGUGUGUAACUACGAAAA